AUGCGUUUCUCACAAGUGUUGACCUCCGCCAUCGCGGCCGGCGUUGCCGCCGCCGAGCCAUUGGCGAACGUGCUCGCUGCGAACAACAACACGCUGAGCACCCUCAACUCUAUCCUGGCCGGCAUGCCACAAUUCACACAGGCCCUGACGAUGCAAACCAAUGUCACCAUUCUGGCCCCGUCCAAUGACGCCUUCGAGCAGGCGAUGAAGGCCAUGCCGACACUUACAAACGACAUGAACAUGGUCACUGCCCUCCUGCAGUAUCACAUUAUUUCUGGUGUCAUGAUGUCGUCAGCCUUCACCGAGACGCCCCAGUUCGUGAGCACCUACAUGGGAAUGCCCUUCGCCAUGGUCACCGGCAACCAGAAGGUCGAGCUCGUCAAGAUGGACAACAUGGCCAUGAUCUUCUCGGGUUUCAAGCAGAUGAGCAGCGUCACCAAAGCUGACAUCGCCUUCGACGGCGGCGUCGUACACGUCAUCGACAAGGUCCUAACCAUUCCCAUGUCCCCGUCCGUGACAGCUGUCGACAUGGGACUGACCUCCCUCGCUGGCGCGCUGACAAAGACAAACAUGGUGACGGCCGUGGACGGCCUCUCGGACGUGACCAUUUUCGCGCCGUCGAACAAAGCCUUCGAGGCUGUUGGCUCCGCGGCUGAGAGCGCCUCUGUGAUGGAUCUCUCGACUAUUCUGAGCUACCAUGUCCUCCACGGAAGCGACAUGCCCAUGUUCUCGACCAACCUGUUGAUGGGAGGCAGUGCUAUGUCCGGGACAACGAUGGCUAUGCCCGCCGGUAUGGAGGGGAUGCCUAUGCGGAGGCAGUCCAUGACUAGCACGCCUAUGAGCUUCGCAACACUCCAGGGCGGCAAUAUCAACGUUCGCAUGGAAAACGGCAAGGUGUUCGUCAACUCUGCGAUGGUGACCACCGCGGACAUCAUCGUCUCGAACGGUGUCAUACACGUGAUAGACAAUGUUCUCAACCCCAUGAUGGCAGACGCCACGCCAAACCCAAGUGCAACAACGCAGACACCCGCCUUCUCCGGGGCAACAGCCGUUCAGGAGGCGCCGUUCACCUCAGGCAUUAUGCCAACCACCACAAUCACGGCUGCCGGCAUGACUGGUGGUGCUGGUGUGUUCGCCGCCAUGCCCACUGCUGCUAUCUUGGGCGCUGUUGGAGGUGCCGCGCUGUUGGCAGGGAUGUAG